AUGUCCAAGACGAAGACGAAACGCGCGAGGAGGGAGGCGAAGAGGGAGCAGCAGAAGAAAGUGGCCAAGGCGCUCAACACCACAGUACCCUCCUCCUCCACCACUUUCACGAAUACCACGACGACGACGACGAUGCCACACCCACAGCCCAGCACUCUUAAUCCCCGCAAACGCCCUUCCAAAAUCCCCUUCACAACCUACGCCAACAUCCUCCUCGUCGGCGAAGGCGACUUCAGCUUCACCCACAGCCUCGUCCUUGCCCACGGCUGCGCAAACGUGACGGCCACCUCGUUCGACACACGCGAUGAAGUUAUGCAAAAGUACCCGGAUACGUUUCCGAAGAUUGAGGAAGAGUUAAGGGGACUGGUGCCGCCGGUGCCCAUGGUGUUUGGGGUCGAUGCGAGGAAGGUGGGGGGGAAGCAGACGAGGAAGGGUAACGGGAAAGGAAAGGGGAAAGGGAGAGCGAGCUGGGACAUCAUCUCCUUCAUGUUCCCUCACACGGGCGGCCUCUCGACGGAUGUAAACCGCCAAGUCCGAGCCAACCAAGCCCUACUCGUCUCCUUUUUCGAAUCCUGCCUCGGGAAGAACAAUCCCAAAACCCCCAAACCCUCCAAACCCAAAGCCUCCUCCGCCGACAGUGCAGCGGAAGCGCCCUUCCUCCACCCCACACACGGCAAAAUCAUCGUCACCCUCUUCGACUCCCACCCUUAUACCCUCUGGAACAUACGCGAUCUAGCGCGCCACGCGGGCCUGCGCGUCAUCGAGUCCUUCGCUUUCGACUGGGAGGCGUACCCGGGUUAUAGGCAUGUGAGGACGUUGGGGCAGUUGGAGGGGGGAGGCGGUUGGAAGGGUGAGGAGAGGAGUGCGAGGAUGUAUGUUUUUGGUGUUAAGGGGGAGGGAAAUGGGGAAGAGCAAGGAAGGGGGAAGAGGAAGAGGAAGAGGGGGGUUGGUGGGGAGAGCAGUGAUGAUGAGGGGGAUGCGGAGGACUGA